AUGGAAGUGCACCAACAAUCAGCACCCGAACCGUCGCUUCUCGACGAGAUGAUCAAUCAUUCGGGCCACGUGGAAGAGUUGCUGCCCGCCGAGCCACAGGCGGUUCGAAUUGUUGAAGUUGUCGAGGAGACUGAUCACUCGUUUGAGCUGAAUACUGAUCUACUCGAACAGAUUCUCCUGAACCCCAAAGUUGCCGAUAAAAAGGUAGCCGUGAUUGGAGUCGCCGGAGCGUACCGUAAAGGAAAAUCGUUCCUGCUGAACUUCUUCCUUCGAUAUUUGACAUGGAGAUCGAAAGCAGACAAGGUUAUGGGAGAAGUGGAAUUGGACAACAACCAAUGGAUGUCGCCCAACUCGCCGCUCUCCGGAUUCUCAUGGCGUGGCGGAAGCGAGCGCGACACGAACGGAAUCCUCAUCUGGAGUGAGCCGUUCCUCAUGAAGGACAAGAACGGAGAGGAGAUUGCCGUAUUGCUCAUGGACACCCAAGGAGCGUUCGAUUCGCAGUCGACUGUCAAGGAUUGCGCGACGAUUUUCGCGUUGUCCACGAUGAUUUCUAGUGUUCAGGACAUCCGAUGCUUCCUGAUGCCACAUCCCGGGUUGAAGGUGGCGACGAACCCGAAUUUCGAUGGAAAACUUGUUGACAUUGAAAACGAGUUCCAACAACAACUCGGCGUCAUGAUUCCACGCCUUCUCGAUUCGCACGCUUUGGUGCAUAAGGAGAUCAACGGACAGAAGAUGACGUGUCGCGAGCUGUUGGAGUACUUCAAGGCCUACAUGCGCAUUUUCAAGGGGCAAGACCUCCCGGAGCCCAAAUCGAUGCUUAUGGCCACCGCGGAAGCCAAUAACCUGGCGGCCGUCGCCUCGGCUCGUGCAGCCUAUCAAAAGGAAAUGGAGGAGGUGUGUGGUGGGGACACGCCAUACAUGUCCACAAACGAGCUUCUCGAACAACACGAUCGCUGCAAAUCGGUGGCGAUUCGCGAGUUCCGAAACGCUCGAAAAAUGGGCGGCGUCGAGUUCUCGUUGCAGUUUUUGGACCGGUUGGAGAGCGAUUUGCAGGAAUCCUACGAGAGCUAUCUGAAAGUGAACAACGGCAAGAAUCUGUUCAAAUCGAUGCGUACGCCGACGGUCCUGGUCACUUUAAUGAUUAUUGAUUACAUUUUCCAAGAAUUCUUCCAACUGCUGGGAUUGAACGCUAUUGCUGGCCUCUUCUCAUCGAUUCUGUGCAUUGUGAUCGGGGCGCUCGGCGUGUGGGCGUAUUCCAGAUAUUCGGGACACUUGCGUGAGGCUGGUGGAUAUGUUGACGACGCUGUAACCUAUGUGUGGACCAAUUUCAUCUCGCCAAACGCCAAUCACCUGGGACCGCUGGGCGGUGCGAUUCAGAUGGGUGACGCGUUGGGAUCCGGAAAUCGGACUACGAACUCUACCAAUUCGGAUAACAAGAAGAGAAACUAA